UGACGAUGUUGAGUAACUCAGCUCUGAUCGUCUGCACCAGACGUCACACGCAUUCGAUCGUCUGCCGUGAGACGACACGCUUCUCCAAGCUCAGUGGCCACUUGCUAUUUUCUAUCCGAGCUGACCCAGAGAUCAGGAUAAAAUGGGAGUCAAGGACGGUUUUAUGGGUGCCCACAUCCUCAUCAAGAUCGCGUUCAUCAUAGUCCUGGUCGCUCAGCUCUGCAACUGGAUUUCGUUCUGUACAUCAUCGUGGUACAUAGUGUAUAAUGUAGUGUUAAAUGGCAAUAAUAAGUACACCCACUUCGGUUUGUGGAGAUCGUGUGUUCGAAGUGAAUUAUUUACCACAAGCGACGGCUGUAAAAUGCUGGAUGGAGCAGCAUCAGACUGGUUUGCAGCCACUCAGGCGUUUGCCGUCUUUGGGUUUGUUCUGCUCAAUGUCGGCUGUCUGCUGCUGAUUCUCUUCAUGUUCUACGGCAGCUGUAAGGGGAAGUCUGAGGCUAUGCUGGCGUCUGGCAUUUGUCUCAUUGCUUCAGCCGUCACCUGGAUCCUUGCUGUCAUCAUCUACGGCGCUAAAGUUGACGAUCUGUACGGCGAUAACAACUUCGACUUUGGAUUUUCCUUUGCAUUGGCGAUCUGUGCCCUCAUCCUGGCACUCGUGUCUGGCAUCCUGGUAGUUGUGGCCAGCAAAAAGGGAGGCUCGGUCAGCUCCAAGUGAGCCACGGGGUAGUCCAGACAGCCUGGUUAAGCUCCGGACAAGUGGGAUUUACUGGGCUGUAUAUGUACUGUAUAACACGAUGUUUCUCUCGACUUACUGCUGGAAGUGAUGUGUGAAUUGUUGAAACUGUUAUAGAUUCUUCUACAUGGCUGUUCUGAUUGCAUGAAAGCGACUUUCGAAAGACAUCUCUAGCUCAAAGAUGGCUGCACGUGCUAAAAAUAUUUACCCAAUUAUUUAUUGUUCUGUUUUCUAAGUCUUAUGUUAACAAA